AUGGUGAGAAUACAAGGAUUCAAGUCUCGUGACAUUCGGUUUCCGACGUCGCUGGACAAGACCGGAAGCGAUGGGAUGAACCGGGGCCCCGACUAUUCGGCGGCAUUCUGCAUCAUCGAGACAGAUUCCCAAUUUACGGGUCACGGCAUGACGUUCACCAUAGGCCGCGGCAACGAGCUAGUCUGCUCUGCCAUCGACCUAAUCGCGCCCCUGAUCCUCAACAAGAGCAUCGAAGAACUGGCUGAGGACUGGGGCGGGACCUGGAGGUACCUUACUUCGGACUCGCAACUACGAUGGGUAGGCCCCGAAAAAGGCGUCAUUCAUCUUGCUCUUGGAGCAGUAGUCAAUGCCUUGUGGGACUUGUGGGCAAAGACUCUAGGCAAGCCGGUCUGGCGAGUCAUAGCUGACAUGACGCCCGAGGAAAUCGUGCGAUGCAUUGACUUCCGAUACAUCGAAGACGCCUUGACGAGAGAAGAGGCAGUACGCCUGCUGAAGUCGGCUCUGCCAGGCAAGGAAGAUCGUAUCAAGGAAGCUCUCCAGAAUGAAGCGGUGCCAGCAUACACGACAAGCGCUGGCUGGCUUGGCUAUAGCGAGGCGAAGAUGAGAACACUGCUCAAAGAGAGCGUCGAGGCAGGAUUCAAGUACUUCAAGCUCAAGGUGGGUACGGACCUUGAGGAGGACCGACGGAGGUUGAGGAUUGCCCGUGAGGUCCUCGGCUAUGACCGGGGCUGGGUUGCAGUUGACGCAAAUCAAGUCUGGUCAGUGUCGGAAGCCAUCGAGUAUAUGAAACAGCUGGCAGAAUUCAAGCCGUGGUUCAUCGAGAACGACUCACCUGACGACAUCCUGGGUCAUGCCGCAAUCCGCAAAGGACUUUCUAAUACACAUCAUGGACCAAUCAAGGUGGCUACAGGUGAGAUGGUCCAAAAUCGAGUGAUAUUCAAGCAGUUGCUCCAGGCGGGGUCCGUGGACAUCAUCCAGCCAGAUGCGUGCCGUGUGGGUGGCGUCAAUGAAGUGCUGGCGAUACUGCUGCUCGCUCGCAAGUUCAAUGUCCCGAUUGUGCCUCACUCAGGCGGCGUCGGACUGCCCGAGUAUACUUCACAUCUGAGUACGAUCGAUUAUGUGGUGAUCAGUGGCCAGAAGAGUGUGCUUGAGUACGUGGACCAUCUGCAUGAGCAUUUCAUACAUCCGUCCAGCGCAGCAAACGGAUUCUAUGUGACGCCACUGGAACCAGGAUAUUCGGUGGAGAUGAAGGCGGAAAGCAUGGACAGAUUCGAGUAUCCUGGGAAGGAAGGAGUAAGCUGGUGGAAGACUGAAGAGGCAAGAGCGGUCAUCGAUGCACCGCGGGUAUAG